GAAUAAACUGGCCGGUCCACUCAGGGAUAAGGUUACCUCCAGGCCUCCCGUGCUUGCAGACCUCCACCCGGGAAGCGGCGGGAACGAUCGUAGGGGGGUUAGGUUUAGCCAUUUCAGCUGCGAGCCUAAGCGUUCCGCCGCUCUCGUUGGUGCUCGCAGAAAGGCCACAAUCUUCGAAAUACCCUUCUCUGGAGCCAGGGGGUGUGGAGGCCCACGCGAGCGACACCGUCGCUGGGUUUUUCCAAACCAAGCCGCUCCGAGCAACAGGUGGCAUAUUUUUGUGCUUCCUUGUGGGGUUGCAGGAUUUUGUCAGGACACUAACAGGAUCUUUUAAGAGAAGGACUCUUGCAGUUGGGGAUUAACAUAGUUUAACAGAGAUGGAAGUGCGGGGCUCCAGCACCACCACCACAGUGCUCGAGGGCAGGGGCAUAGACGCGGCCAGGGCUGUGCCUCGCCCCCCCAGGCGCACCAUGAAGGAAGACCUGUACACUACAUUCAGCUCACCCAUGGCCUGGGUGCUGGUGCUGGCCCUCGUCAUCACCUGGUCAGCCGUGGCCAUCAUCAUGUUCGACCUGCUGGACACCAGGAGCCUGGAAGCCCAUACUUUAUACUGUGACGACCCCUGUUUGCCACCUGGACCUCAGCCAGGCCGUCUCAGGAACGCCUUCAGGGAGGCAGGCAGCCUUAGAGGGGGCAUUCAGCACAUGAGCAAAGAUCCCAUGAAGACAGUGGACAAGGCCAUGGAAGAUUCCUCCAACUGGAUGAAUGCAAUCUUGACAUUUAUGACUAAUUUGGUAGCACCAGAGGAAGAGGAACAAGAGGAAUGGCAUUCAGUGAAGAAAAAAGGGGAAUUCCUACCACCAAGGAAAAAAGUUACAGAGUUGCAGGCCAAGGAGAUGAUUGAGAAGGAAGAAGAAGAGAAGAAACAACAAGAGAAAGAGGAAGAGGAGGAGGAGGAAGAGGAGCAAGCUGGAGCAGCAGUAAAGGCUAAAACAAAGCCUGCGAAAACAAGAACGAAAGAAAGGAAAGAGCCCACAGCAGAGACCAAGAGGGUCAAGGCCGCCGCCGCCGAGGGGCAAAAAGCCACAGCAGAAGCAGACGAGGCAGAGGAAGGGGACGAGGAAGCCAUUACUGGCUCUGUGGAACCUGUAGUAGCUGCCGACAAAAAGUCAAAAGAAGAGGCAGCAGAACCUGCCGAUGAAGAGGCAGAGGAAGAGGAGCAAGCCGCCGCUACCGCAGUAACUGCCGGUGUGGCCGACGAGGACGAGGCAGGCGAAGCCGUCGAGGAGGCUUCAGCCGAAGGUGAUGAAGGAGCUGCCCGCAAAGAGGAAAGAAGAGACGACGAGGUCACUGAGAGUGACGAGGAAGAAGAGGCGAUUACGGUUCCCAAAGCAGCACACAAAAAAGACAAAGACAACGGGGAGAAGGAUGAAGCGUCUGACGUUACCGAUGGCAAAGCAGCCAAUGAGGAAGACGAGAAGGGUGAGGAAGACUUCAAAGUCAGAGAUAUGGCGGAAACUGCAGAAAGGAAAGACGAGCCCGACAAAGUAACCGAACCGGUCACCGCUGACGCCACAGCCGUGGAUGAUGAUACAAGAGAUGAUGACCAAAAAGAUAAAGAUGACCAAACUGAAGACAAGGAAGAUGAGAAGGAAGAAGAAAAGACUCUCACCGUUGAUACUGACCUUGAGCUGCAAACCAAAGAUGACACAACAGUCACUGGAAUUCCAGAUCAGGAAACCGAUACCAAAAAAUUAGAGGAUGAAGAAAAGAAGACAGAGCAGGAAGUUGAGGAAGAUGAGAAUGAGAAAGAAAAGCAUGCAGAGCUACCAAAAGAAAUUAAGGAAGAUAAAAAUGAUGAAGAAGAAGAAAGAGACAUACUCAGGAAAAAGGCAGAAGCUGAGAAAGAUGAACGAAAAGAAUCUUCAACCUGUGUGUGUGCGCUGCCAGAACAGCCUAUAGAACCUCAGAAACAAGAUACCACGCCCAAGGAAGACGCAGAUGAAGAGACGAAGAAAGAGCCAGAGAAAGAGCAGGAGAAAGAAGUAACGGGGAAAAUUGUGAAUUUUGAGUUGCCGAAAGAAAAAGAAGAAGUUGAUGUCGUGAACCCUCCACAGGACCUUCCUGCAUGCCGCCCAGCACCAGUGUACUGCCCAGCGCCCCCUGGCUGGUAUGUUCAUCACAUAGUCACAGAUAAUCCGUUGCCACCAACGGUUCUGAGAGAAUAUCAAGUUGCCGCAGUAGCAACUCAUGAGAUUACUAUCCAAAGAACAGACAAAGAUACCAAUAAAGAGAAACCAAAGGAAACCUCAGGAAAACAAAGGCCACCUACUCAAACAAAGAAGCCCAAAGUAGCUCCCCUGAAGAAGGAAAAUAAACAGAAAAUGAAAAUGACAGCCCAGAGAAAAGAUCGGGCGGCCCCAAAAGAAACACCUCAUAAACGAGAAGCCCAGAAGCUGGUCAAACCCAAGUCAGCUGGACAAGUAAAACGGAAGGCCAAAACAACAGAGAAAGAAGAGAGAAAACGAGCCAAGGAUGUGAAGCCCACUGCUGAGGAAAAAAAGACCAAGCCAGCAAAGACUAAACAACCUGUGAGAGCACACCCUGUUAAAGCGCAAGUUCCAUCUAAACCUGCUCGAAAAGAGAAAGACGCGAACAAGGAGUUGGAAGAAAGCACAGCUGAGACAGCAGUUCCAGCAAAAGAGUCUAAUGCAGAAGAAAACGUUACUGGAGAGAAGAAGCCUGGCAAGAUCCCGUACUUCCAGUGUGUGCUAGUUGGGGGAAAAGCUGGCCAGUAUCCACUGCGCCCAUUUUCUCCUGCUGUGACUUCAGGUAUGAACCCGGCUAUGAUGAGAGCCAUGAUGGAGCAGAGAGCCAGUGUCCUGGAGCAGAGAGCCCGGGGGGCGGGGCAAUAACCCGGAAGCCCUACCCACACCCAGCCCCACCUGCGUGAGGUCUGCUCCCUGCUCCUGAGCUGCUGUUGACACUCCAUUGCCACUAGAGCUUCAGAGCUCCCUAACGACUAAACACAGACACUUAACACCUGAAACAGACCUCAAGCCUUAUUCAGUUCAUCCUUUUGUGAAGUUAGGGGUUUUAGAGCUAAUAGUCUGUUCCUUUAUGGAGGAGUUUUACGAUUGAUCUUUGGCCACUAUUACAGCAAGAGGAGCACAAUCACUCAAAGUCUACAUGGACAGAUCUAUUCAUUAAAUUAUAGUUUAUGUACAUUCUGAAUUGUGUUUGAGUAAAUAUUUGAAUAUACUGUAAUGUUUAACUAAACGAAUGUACAGUAUUCAUAAAAUCUGUUUACAUUUGGGGAGUUUGGGGAAAAUUAUCUUGUUUUUAUUUUGAACAUAAGACAGAACAUAUUUUGCAGAAAUGUACAUUUAAACUUAAAAACCCAUGUCCUACAAACAUGCUCUAAAUAUUUAUUUAUUUAUUAGCCAUUUAUUUUAUGAGACUCACGAGGUAACUGCAGUAAAUGAGUUUUUGCGUUAUUAAAAAAUCUAGCCUCAUGUUGUGCACUGCAGGCCUUAUCUCUUGGCCCAGGUCAUUUUCUUUGGCACACUGUAAUAAGAUUAUGAAAAGAGCCACCAUGCUUGGCCUCUAUCACACAUCCAUAUUACUAAUGUGCAUCUGUAGAAGGCCUAUAUUUAGAAAGAGUGUAUUGUUAACAGUAAACAAGAAGAAAGACUUGAAAUCCUUUGCUUGACUAAAACAAAGCAAACAACUAACACUGCUAAUUUGAUAAACUAAACCUGAUAUCCUGUGUCAGUGGUAAACAUGUAGGUGUGGAUAACAUUUUGCUUUGAGUAGAACGGAGAAAGAAAAAAUAUUUAGCCACCAGAUGUUCCCAUGCACAAGGAGAGAGAUCUUAUCUCACAUCAUGUCAAAACAAGAAAAGGAAUUGAAGGAAGUGUUUUGACUUUCUUAUUAUGACCAAUGGAUAUUUGAAGACGGUGGCCUGGCCGUUCCAUGCUGCUUGUUCAUACGUGCAUGCAAAAACGCACCGGCACCGUGGCGCACCUGCAACGCUUUCCACAUCGUGUAGGUAAAAGUUCCCGGAGUGGCAUUUAACUUAAUUUCCUUCAUUGUCUUAUUCAAGAACUGAUUUAUGCAAGAUAUCGAUCUUUCAUCUCUGUAAAGUGAAGGGUCACAGGACCUAAGAAUCGAGCUUGUCCGUAAUGGUAUUAUCCUUUCGCGGUGGCAGCACGCCACGCGGACGGAUGAGGAACGAGCAGACGUGAUCCGCAUGAAGAGUCCAAAGUCUCCUCGCGGUCACGGCAGGAACGGACCGCGUAUUUUCCGUAACGUCUGAGUGCCCCAUGGCUGUGGCUUUGAUCUCGACGGGCAGUCGGCGGUAUUAGCGUGGUUGAGAGCAGAGAUGCAGGCCACAGAAAGCCCCUCUUUCAAGUUACUGCGCUAUGUGCUGUCUGUAGGCGGCGGCGGCUGUUUGCUCUUCUAACUACGAUGUUUGCUAGAAUAACGGAAUGGGCUUGCGUUAGACGUUCCGAGGAAAUAUGCUUUAUGAGAGAGUGUUCAAAACGGCACGCAGCUUUGUGUUGUCAACGAAUGGACAACAGUUGUAUCAAAGCAAGGCUUGUGUGGUAAUGAGUAAUGCUAAUAUUGAACUAUGCCAAUAAGUAACCUUGAUUACAAGUGAUUAAAGUCUUGACCGUCAUAACACUCAAUAAAAGAGUUGGUGAUGCUUAUAAUAUUGUCAUUUAUCAGGCACAUUUAAUUUUUGCCCAUUUUUUUUCUUUGCAUGACAAGUCUGUUGUGUUGUCGAUAUUUAUAUUAAACCACGUUGUCUCAUAAUUUUGUCAUUAAAAUGGAAUAAUGCAUCACUAACAAAACAAACCUCUCCCCUGGAUUUUUUGAGCCCACUAGGCUGCCUAUUCAUCCUGCAUUGCUCUGCUGACUUGGGCUUUCUCUGUAGUGUUCCCAGUUGUCUUAUAGAAGGCAUAAAGCAGUUGUCAUAAAGCAUCAUGAGGAAUCUAUUUUAAAUGGCUUUUUUGCUGUUCAUUCUUGACUUAUUCAGGAAACCUUUGAGAAGACAUAAUGAUGAAUAUUUUUUGAAGAGAAAGGUUUUCUUUAAAACACAUAAAUAAUUAAUAAUUAUGCUGCACAUAUUUGAGAUUACUCCACUUUUGGACCACUGUUCUUGUAGGUCCUGCAGGGAACCAGUUAAAAUGCACAGGUCAGCUAGCAAUUUGCAUUUACUGCAUUUUCCCCUAUUUUCAAGUUUAUUAUUGCAUUUACAGUGCCGCAUCUUAAAUGUGUUAUAUUGCAAUGCCAUCUUUUAUUAUUUAAAUGAAUGUUUACAAAUAGUAAUAAAUAAUUUUACCAUAACAAUGUC